AUGUCGUCGACUCCCUCCUCGCCCAUCUCCCCGGAUAGGAGAUCUGACAAGGAGAACAGUCAGUACUCCUCCAACUCGAGGGAUAAGAACAGCCGUCUUUCAGAGUCUUCCAAGAGAAAGCGCGGCCUGACCAAUGGCUCGGGAAAAGCCAACUCUCGUCGCCGCACUGAGGAGGCCAGCGAGGCCUCCGGCGACGAUGUUGCGGACGGCAACGACUCAGAUGAGUACGAUCCAGACCAGCCCAUUGAGGAAAGACGCCAAGUACAGCGCGGUCUGAGAAAGCUGCGAGAGGAUGCGAGGAUCAACAGGGACAAGUACCUGCAACCCGGCGAGGACGGCGUGCGAGCUCUGAUUCAGCGAGCAAAUGCGCUAUCUGGAAAUGUCAAGCAGACUGCCGAAGCCGCCAUUGAUUCCAGGCUGCUGGUCGAGACAGUCGAGCUGUCGUACAAGAAGACGGCUUUGCUCACGUCUGGAGAUGCCGGCCAGGGCGUCGACAUUGACAGCUUCGUCACCCAGUCUCUGCGAUACAUGAGACUCGGUGCCGGAAUUCAAGACGACACGGCUCCAGAGCUUACGAGCACCCAACGCCAGCGCAGGCAGCCCGGCAGACGGAACCGACAAGAGUCCGAUGACGAGGACGAGAUUGGCGACGAUGGCGAUCUCUGCAACUGGGAGCAUCUCGGAAGGUUUUCUUCUUUGCCCAGCAUCCGCCGCUCUGCCGUGUCCGGCUUCCUUCUUGGCCCUCUCUCUGUUGAGAAAAAGAUUCGCAAGAUUGCCAAGCGAAGUGCACCCUUCCGACCUGGCGCUUUGAGGGAGACAAGGCCCGAGGUUGUGGACGCCAAUGAAAUUCAGAGAAAAGAGGAUAGCGAUUUGACCGUCAUAUGCGGCAAGAUUUACAAGCGCCUUACAUCGGUACAAAUAGAAGCGCAAACUGCGGCUGAAAAGGUGUUCGAUGACGCAUCUGGUGAAGAAGACGAGGUGAACGAAAAGGUACAGGCUAUGAUGGACUCGUAUGGUUUAAAAUCCACAGGCGGCUUGGACUACUUCAAGUGCGUUAUCAACCCGCGAUCGUUCGGGCAGACAGUAGAGAACAUCUUUUACGUCAGCUUUCUCAUCAAGGACGAGAGAAUGAAGCUCGAGUUUGACGAAGACGGCCAUCCAACCUUGGAACCUCUGGAUACGAGUGAACGCGGCGAGAGCAAUUCUAAGGGAAAUGGUUCUCAGAAGCACCAAGCCAUCCUCCAUCUGGACAAGGCUCAAUACAACGCGAUUAUUGACGCCUAUGACAUCAAGAAAUCCAUCAUCGAGCACAGGACAACCCAGGGUGAUGAUGAUUAUGGCUCCCGCAAUUGGCAUAAUUAG